UGUUCCGUCGAGCAGGUCGUUAUGAAGGUUAAUGGUGCAUGAAAUCUUGUGGUAGCUUUUCGCGGUCAUGUUUGGCUUCAAAUGCUUUCAACUAAAUCAAUAUAUUUUUAAUAACCUUUGAGAAAAAUUACCAGCUGGAAGUAUCGCAAACCCAAGGCUGGAUUACACGAGUUGUGCAUUGCUGUGUCGUUAUCUGAAAGAGGUCCUUAUCAUUACCUUCUCUACCAAGCUACAAUAUGUCACUGCAAUGGUGCACCCUUCCUGUGUUUCUUGCUAUUGUAGCUGGUAUGGUUGUGAUGGGGCAGACCACAAGAGCAACACUGGAGUUAACUGAUUCAGUGGAAACAACUUCAGUUGGAGUGACCCAGAAUCCCAGCAAGUACUCUGAAAGCACCACUGAGAGUCUAGCAACUCUCCCACCUCUCAACCCGAGUUCAGCAACUCCCCCAUCUCUAGACCCGAAUUCAGCAACUCCCCCACCUCUCAACCCGAGUUCAGCAACUCCCCCACUUCUUGACCAGAGUUCAGCAACUCCCCAACAUCUUGAUCCGACGAGCACACCCCUUGCUGAAGCAACUGAAAGUCCCACCCAACUCACUUCCACAGCUGGUACUCCAACGACAAGUGCCCCAGUUUAUUCCACAACAGGGGUUCUGUCUCACACAACUCAAGAUUUCAAUGCUUCUCAACAAGCCACGAAUAAGUUGAUGGAAUUGUCUACUUUUCUACGUCUUGAAACAGAGACUGGUGUCAAUCAGGACUCUUCUCCCACUAUUGGAUCUCAGCAUUGGACAACUGAUGAGACUGGAACUGGAACCGACACACCUGAAAUCACAGCAGCCUCAACUGCAGUUACUAACACUUCAGAGGUUGGUGGAUAUGUCCAUCCAGAUAUACAGGUGAAAACCCAACCUCCUCCAACCAGUACUUUGACUUCUACAAAGAAGCAAACUACCAGCUUCCAUCCAGUGACCACUGGUGCCCCAACUGUGACAACUAUAACAAAAGCUAAUGAAUCAAUGCCCUUAAAUCCAACCAUUCCCUUUGUCAACAAAAUCAUCAAAACAACCACCAGAAGUUACAAUAGGCUUUCAACUGCUCAGGUUACGGCCAAGAAAAUGAGUCUGGUUGCUCAGUGCCUCAUUGCCAUAGCGAUUCUAGCAGGGGUUUGCACCAUCUUUGUCAUAUGCACUGUUGUCCUGUGCACCAAGCUCUCUACUCAAAGACAGAACUAUAGGGUCAACCGGACAAACGGCACUGAGCUGAUCUGCAUUUCUGCUCUGCUACCCGAGGACGAAAGAAAGUUGAGGAAAAAAAUGAGACCAAAACGGUUAAGAGACCAUCUCAAAGAGACUGCAGUUGGACAAAACAGUGACAGCGAUGACGAUGAUGACCUUACCCUCCACAGCUUUGUGACCGAACAUUAAGACCUUUCCCUUUACCUCCAGGUACAGGGCUCACUUCCUGGUCUCUAUAUAAUUAAGUAUGAAUAUUUGGAUAACUUGGUAGCUGGUGAAUUGAGUCUCAUGCUUUGAUUAAUAAGAAUGUAUCUCUGAGGACUUUCCAUGACUGAGGUCUGGAAAGGGUUGAUGAGCUCAUGAUUUGCUCUUCAUUGCAUUUUAAAGAUCUCCUGAUCGACUGAGCUCUCUCUGUUUUUUGUCCUGAUUCGAUUCAGUUGACACUCGUAAAGGACUUUGAGCUCAGUUGGCUAUACAAAACUUAUAUGUUAUAAAGAUUAUACAUUUUUAAGACUUUGUGUAUAUACUUUUUAUUAAAACAGUGAUGCAGACUUGCUUUUUGUCGCACAUUAAAGGGCAAGCUAGUUGGAUACUGAAUAUUCAUGAGGUCACAAAACCAAGAGGUAUCAUUAGGAAAAGAAAAGUUCCUAACAUCUGCCUGGAGGAAUUUGCCAAACUUGAGAGCGAACAUUUGAAGCAUUGAUUUGUUUCUGGUGGGACAUUGCCCAAUCCAAUGAUCCAUGGGAUUGAUUCUUUAACACCACAUCUCAAGACAGCAUCCUACUUUGCUAAAUUACUCUUUGCCAUUAAUUUAAUAGAGGCUUUUAAAAUUAAGAAGGAUUUUAGUAAAGUGAAAGGAGGAGACCUAUUUACUCUAGCUAUAGAGUCAGUAGCAAGGGGACCAUUGAUUUAAAAUGAUCACCGAGAGUUAUCAAAGAAUUGAGCAGAUGUUUUAUGCUCUACUAAGUGAAGUGUCACUGAAUCACAGAAUUUUAAUGGCACAGAAGGAGGCCAUUCGGCUCAUCGUGUUUGCACCAGCUCUCCAAAAGCAUUAUGACCUAGUGUCAUUGUCCUGCCUUUUCCCCAUACCCCUGUACAUUGUUUCUAUUCACAUAAUAAUCUAAUGCCCUCUUGAAUGCCUCAAUUGAACCUGCCUCCACCACACUUCCCCACAGUGUUUUCCAGACCCGAAUCACUUGCUGUGUGAGAAAACAUUUUACGAGUGGGAACAGCUUCUCCCUGUCUACUCUGUCCAGCCACCUCAUGAUCUUGAACAUCUCUAUCAAAUCUCCUCUUAGCCUUCUUCUCUCCAAGGAGAACA